CACAGAGAUGUGUGUCCCCUACUUGCAUAACAAUGCUGUGCUAAUAAACACGCUGAGACCACCUUUACAUUGCUGGAGGCAGCGGCCCCACCUCCCUCCGGGGGGAUCAGAGGACCGGUCAGGGGCUGGCUCUGGCAUCUGCCGAUAUAAAUACUCAGUACAGCACUUUCUAUGCACUAGUAGUAGUAAGGCUGGGAGAGUGAGUGCACAGUAAGGUGCAGAACCAGGUACACUACCAUUCCCACCAGCAGCAGCAGCUGUAUAUCGGUGCAUUGCUCAGGCGGAGCUGUCACUUUGGAUUUACAACCCCCUUUGCAGCCUGGAGGAUCCUGUGUUGUACUUUCCCUGCUGUGUUGCAGAACUUUGCCGGCUGCUGCUGCACUGACUGGCGUUGCUGGAGCUGCCGGACCUCAUGCCCCUGGUGAGCUGUGAGUGGCAGCAGGGAGGUGAGCGGGGGGAGAUGAGCCCUGAGCCCGGGCUGUGACCGCGGAGAUAACAGCGAUUUAUCACUACACGGACUGCUGUGCGCUAUGGAGCGGUGCCUGCUGCUGCUGCUGAUGAUGAUGAUGAUCCCGGUGCCCGGAUCGCAGGGUGCUGCUGCCAAGGACUUGAGCUGCCAGGAGAUAACCGUGCCCCUGUGCAAGGGCAUCGGCUACAACUACACCUACAUGCCCAACCAGUUCAACCACGACACGCAGGACGAGGCCGGCCUGGAGGUGCACCAGUUCUGGCCGCUGGUGGAGAUCCACUGCUCCACGGACCUGAAGUUCUUCCUGUGCAGCAUGUACACCCCCAUCUGCCUGGAGGACUACAAGAAGCCGCUGCCCCCCUGCCGCAGCGUGUGCGAGCGGGCCCGGGCCGGCUGCGCCCCCCUCAUGCGCCAGUACGGCUUCGCCUGGCCGGAUCGGAUGCGCUGCGACCGGCUGCCGGAGCAGGGGAACCCGGACACGCUGUGCAUGGACUACAACCGCACCGAGCUGACCACGAAAGCGCCCAGCCUGCCCGAGCCCCCGCAGCAGCGGCCGCCCAAGGCGCCCACUCCCCCGCACAAGGGCAAGCCGCCGCCACUCGGGGAGCAGCCGAUCCCCAAACCCCCCCGAGCCCCGGGCGGCUGCCAGCCGGGUUGCCAGUGCCGGGCCCCCAUGGUGCCGGUGUCCAGCGAGAGGCACCCGCUCUACAACCGGGUGCGGACCGGCCAGAUCCCCAACUGCGCCAUGCCCUGCCACAGCCCGCACUUCUCCUCGGAGGAGCGCACCUUCACCAGCUUCUGGAUCGGCCUGUGGUCGGUGCUCUGCUUCGCCUCCACCUUCGCCACCGUCUCCACCUUCCUCAUAGACAUGGAGCGCUUCAGGUACCCGGAGCGGCCCAUCAUCUUCCUGUCCGCCUGCUACCUGCUGGUCUCCGCCGGGUACCUGCUGCGCCUGAUCGCCGGCCAUGAGAAGGUGGCGUGCAGCCGGGAGCAGGAGCUGGAGCACAUCCACUACGAGACCACAGGACCGGCGCUCUGCACCCUGGUCUUCCUGCUCAUCUACUUCUUCGGCAUGGCCAGCUCCAUCUGGUGGGUCAUCCUGUCGCUCACCUGGUUCCUGGCCGCGGGCAUGAAGUGGGGCAACGAGGCGAUCGCCGGCUACUCGCAGUACUUCCACCUGGCCGCCUGGCUGGUGCCCAGCAUCAAGUCCAUCGCCGUGCUGGCGCUCAGCUCCGUGGACGGGGACCCGGUGGCCGGCAUCUGCUACGUGGGCAACCAGAACCUGGACAACCUGCGGGGCUUCGUGCUGGCGCCCCUGGUCAUCUACCUGUGCAUCGGCAGCAUGUUCCUGCUGGCCGGCUUCGUCUCCCUGUUCCGGAUCCGCAGCGUCAUCAAGCAGGGGGGCACCAAGACCGACAAGCUGGAGAAGCUGAUGAUCCGCAUCGGGGUCUUCAGCGUGCUGUACACCGUGCCCGCCACCAUCGUGGUGGCAUGCUUCUUCUACGAGCAGCACAACCGCCAGGGCUGGGAGCUGGCACACAACUGCCACUCGUGCCCCCCAGAGCUGGCCCAGCCCCGCCGGCCGGACUAUGCCGUCUUCAUGCUCAAGUACUUCAUGUGCCUGGUGGUGGGCAUCACCUCGGGGGUGUGGAUCUGGUCCGGCAAGACCCUGGAGUCCUGGAGGGCAUUUUGCACCCGCUGCUGCUGGGGCAGCAAAGCAACUGGUGGCUCCAUGUACAGUGAUGUCAGCACGGGGCUGACAUGGAGGUCUGGCACUGCCAGCUCAGUGUCCUACCCAAAGCAGAUGCCCUUAUCUCAGGUCUAAGGGGAGAGGGGGGAGGGGGGGGGGGGGGGAAGGGACCGGAGACCUGGCAGCCUAACCCCUUCUCUCCCCAGAUUCUUGCUAUUAGCAUGAUAAUGAACUCUUAAUGGUAUCCAUUAGUAGGGACUUGAAUGACUGGUCAGGACAAUGUACCUGGUAUUGAAGCCUCCCUGAUUUAUCUCCCAUUUAUAUGCAAGGAGCAUUACUGACGGCCAGGGGCAGAGGAAUGUCCUUGGGUUGCAUUAAAUAAUACAACGAGGCAAUAACUUUUAUGAUGCUGCUGCUGCCAUGUUAUCAUGUCUGGGGCAACCUAAUUUACUAUUUGUGUUUUGUUGGUGUGCCAGUCCUUAACCAUUUCUCUCCCGGGAUGGCUAUGGUGACCACUUAUCGGUGCCACCCUUUGACACAUAUAUAUGCCUUGUGGCACCCCAGGGUCACGUGACAACGAGGAGGGGGGAGAUGGAAACUGCUCAUUCGCCAAACAUUAGCCAAGCAUAUGCCUUAAACCAUGUCUUAAUUAAGAAAAAAAAAAGUAAAGCACCCCAAGUAAAAUACGGGUUUCUUACACUACAGGAUGUAUUUAUAUGAAUAAUUGUGUCAAAGUGUAAUAUGUGUAAAAUAUGUACAUAUACAAAGCUAUAACAUUGUGUAAAUAACUGUAUAAAGUGUAGAGGCUUCUUCAAAAAGAAAAAAUAAUUGAUUAUUCUAUUUUGUCAAUAAACUAUUUUUAUAAAUGUCA